AUGGACUCGUGGAUGUAUUCUGCUACAGUAGGCGCGUCUGGAAGCGGCAGCAAUCCCCGAGGCUCCGUUGACGCCCUUGGGAACGCCAACUACUCGGCCAUUCAAUCGGCAACGUACCGAGAUCCAUCCUCGCCAGAUGAGACCAAAAACGCCAACAGGGCGGCCGCACAGAGUGCCCCUAGGAUCCGCCGAAGGAAUCGUCAGAUCACCUCUUGUCUGGAGUGUCGACGUCGCAAGCUGAAGUGUGACAAACAAGCACCAUGCACGAAUUGCACCCGCUUCAGGCGGGACUGCCUGUACCUGGCGCCUGCUCUAGAUCCGUCAGCACAGCAGAAGCUGGCGGAUAUCAAGGAGAAGAUGGGCGCGCUCGAGAAGAACCUCGAGCGAGAAGUCGCGGCCAAGACCCAGAAAGCCCAUCUGGGUGGUGGCAAUGUGGUCAAGCUCACAGCAGAGGAGUUCAGACAGCUUCGGGAAGCAGAAGAUGAUGAAAAUGCUGCCAACGAAGAUGAGGACGCGCUAGAGCCUACGCCCUUGGCGUCACUCGACAAUGUAUACGAAGACAAUGUCGACGAUGAGUUAAUGGAUCUUGGUGUUCAGAUGGGAAAGAUGCGCAUCUCCGAACGCAUAGGCGGUUGGAUACGUCCGAAGCUUGUCGAGGAGCUCAACGAUACCCUUGAAGACGUCAAAGCUGGCAAGUCUCGCUACUCCACGACCCCAACGAUAAACGAUCACAUCGAUCUACGCCCAGGUGCACCAAAACUGCAAGCCUCCCCAAAGAGCUACAUUGGUCCGGGGCCCGACUAUAUCGCUCCUGCUUCGAGCUUCUUCUUUCCCGGAGCCAGCAUGAGCGCCAGCUUAAUCGACUAUCUGCCCUCUAAGAAUGCAGCUGACCAGCUCACCGACCAGUACUGGACAGCAGUGCAUUACAUGUGUCGCAUCGUGCACCGUCCUACCUUCGAAGCGCAGUACACUCUCUUCUGGGGACAGAUCGCUACGGGUAGUGAGCCUGUGGCAUCUGUGCAGGCAAUCAUCUUCAGCGCCAUGUUCUCAGCAGCUGUCAGUAUGACCACCGAGCAGAUCAUGCAGCGCUUUGGCACGACCAAGAACGCACUGGUCGAUAAUCUACGGUCUGGAGCCGAGACAGCACUUGCAAAGGCCAACUUCUUGAGGACUACUCGAGUCGACACGAUGCAGGCGUUUGUAAUGUACCUCAUUCCUUUGGUGCGCUCUGAGGUCUCCCGAGGCCACUCAGCAUUGGUAGGAACGGCCAUUCGUCUUGCUGAGUGUAUGGGAUUGCAUCGCGAUGGGUCGUACUACAACAUGACACCCAUCGAAACACACGUUCGACGAAUGGUCUGGCAUCAAUUGUGCUUUCUCGACAUGAGGACAUGCGAAGCCACUGGUCCCCGUCCUCAGAUCCGGAAGGAGGACUACGACACCAAGAUGCCAAUGAAUGUGGACGAUCUGGAUCUGCUUGGACCUGACCCGCCUGGGGAGGACAAGUCGUACUGGACUGAUAUGACGUUCAUGCGCAUCCGCGCGGAAUGUCAAGAGAUGCGGCGACAGGUCUGGUACGACAUUGUUGCCUUGGACAAGAAGAAGAAAUCGCUCACAUCCAUACUGGUGAAAGUACAGAAAUUUCGGACAAGCAUGGAGGACAGGUAUUUACCGAUGAUUGACGAUGCAGUACCUUUCCAAAGAUUCGGACGUCUCCUCUUCGAAAUGCAUACGAGAGCGCUCCAUUUACAAGUCUUGCAUCGAUAUUUGUUCAGCACAACACAACGAAUGCCGGAUCGCUUACGACAAGUUCUCAUUGAAGCCGGUCUUUACCAGAUGGAGUCUUCGAUAGCGUACGAAACCGAUCGCGAGAUGCAAGCAUGGACGUGGUAUCGUGGUGCUUUCAACCAAUACCAUGCAGCACUCCUACUCAUGGUUGAGGUAUACGCGUAUCCAAUGCGGAAGGAGGCCGCUCGAGUGUGGAAGUGUCUUGACUACAUCUUCGAGAUACCUGCCCACCUUGCACCAAAGCAAAAAGCAGAGCUGGUGCUUACCGAUCUGAGAGAUCGAAUGGAGGUGUACCAUCAAAUGCGCAAAGUGAAAGUGUCCAAGCAGAUGGAGCAAAGAGUUGGCGGCAACAAGAUCGGUCUAUACCAACGUGCAGACGUGAUGCUCGAUGAGAUGGGUCAGAUGCAUCGGAACUCAGCCGCACAGGCAGCAGGUGCUGGAACGCUCCCACCUGCGCACUUCAGUCCACCUCCGCCGAGAGCGGACUCUGAUACUAGCAGCUCGCGGCAGAAUAGUACGUCAGGCAAGGGACAAGACGUGCAGAUGGGAACUAUGGAAGACAUCGACUGGGCUGAAUGGGAGAAAGUCUUCAACCCCGAACACUACACCGGCGACCUUAACCUUCCAGACUUCAACAUGACCGACUUCACCGGCGACUACAGCGCGAACUCAGCCGGCAUGGAUCCGGCCGCAUUCAACGUCACAGCUGCGGCGAACAUUCACAACAUUGGCAUCACCCAAACGGAACCACUGAAUAUGCCCACUGAAGCAGAGCUGGCUGAUGUUCACUUCCCGCCGACCAUGAUCCCGAAUCUGACCGCGGCUGCUCAAAUGCCUGGGAAUAUAUAUCAGCAGCACUUCCCUAGGUACCCACGAGACUAG